CUGCCUAGCCUUGCUCAGCCGAGCCCCGCACGGCUGCUGCGGGGAAAGUGCACGCCGCGGGAACUGGAGCCGCCAUGGAGCGCGGCCGUCCCGCCAGCAGCCCACGCAGAUCAGAGUCCCCCCUGCUGGCCGCCGCCACCGCCACCGCUGCCCGCGACUCGAGCCCCGGACGGACCGGGGCCGGGCCAGUAAGCUCCGGCGCGGUCGCGGCGCGCUCCGGGGGUGGCCGUCCAGCCGCUGCUAACGCCGCGCGGGAGCGCAGCCGGGUGCAAACUCUGCGGCACGCCUUCCUGGAGCUGCAGCGCACGCUGCCGUCGGUGCCGCCGGACACCAAGCUGUCCAAGCUGGACGUGCUGCUGCUGGCCACCACCUACAUCGCCCACCUCACCCGCAGCCUGCAGGACGACACCGAAGCUCCGGGAGACCCCAGUCUGGGCGCCUUGCGAGGUGACGGCUAUCUGCACCCAGUUAAGAAGUGGCCCAUGCGAUCAAGACUGUAUAUUGGUGCAACUGGUCAGUUUCUGAAGCAUUCUGUCUCUGGAGAAAAGGCAAACCAUAACAACGUUCCAACGUCCUCACAGCCCUAGGCUGUCUGGUGGGCUCUGCCAGAGGGGUAUCUACUAUUUUUAAAGACUGUGAAAUAAUUGUAUUUAUUGCA